AUGAUGGAUCCUUUCUCACUUGGUGUAAACCUGUCGCCGGUCGUGCUUAAGACACUUGUACGGCAUCUAAUAAAGAAGCGCAAUAACAAUACAAACAAAUCUGAAACUCCCAGUACACCCAACGACGAGUACGCGUUUGAUCAGACAUUCAAACUUACAAGAGCUUUUCUCGAUAUCGCGAUGAAUCACCCCGUCGAGGAUCUUCAAAGCCUAGGAUCGACAUAUAUCCCCCCGCCUUUCUGGGUUCAUAACGUUGCUGUCACUGUCCCCAUGUCCAUUAUAAACAACGCCGCUGAGUAUCUCAUCAAGGCUUUCGGCGGUGAGCAGCCGAUGCGCGCCGCCGUUGGCGGUACUAGGUGGUGGCAGGUGAGACCAACUCCUGGAUUACCUUCUGAAUGGAUUUGCAUGAAAAGCGAUGUAAAGCUGGCUACCAGGAACAACAAACCAAAUAAACCACGUGAACAACCUAAAGACUCCUUCACUCCUCAAUUCUUCAAAGACAUUGAAGGCCUCCCACGUACCAUUCUCUUUGUUCACGGUGGUGCCUACUAUUGGGGCUCCAUUAAUACCCACCGCUAUCUAAUUUGGCGCAUGGCACGAAAAAUGCGAGGUAAGGCAUUUGCUGUCAGCUACAGACUUUCUCCUCAAUACGGAUUCCCUUGCGCACUGCAAGACGUACUUAGCGCCUACCUAUACCUUCUCUAUCCACCAGAGGGUGCUCCACACAAAGCAGUAGAUCCAUCCAACCUUAUUUUCGCAGGCGAUAGUGCAGGAGGUGGUCUAUUGCUCUCACUUUUACUAAUUAUUCGUGAUCUCGGCCUGCCCUUACCCGCAGGCUCUAUCCAUAUCUCGCCCUGGUGCGACCUCUCACAUUCAUUCCCAUCAGUACUGAGCAACUAUGAAACUGACGUCAUACCAAAGUACGGUUUCGUACACAAACCAUCCACUCUCUGGCCACCACCUAGCGAAGAGCUUCUUCAAAGAACACGCCAACAUAUCAAAUCGUCAACACAAAGAUCCAAAUCUCCACUUCGGGGGGUGGGAUCAGCUGCAUCUCGCAAAGCAGAGGAAGGCAGGAUAGAAGAAGAUGCGAUAAACGAGGCAGCGGGAAUGACUAAUGAACGCGGACACGAGAAGCUUGAGCCACCUCGCGAUGUCCCUACUGUUGAUCUAGAUGGCAGGACGGUAGAGCUCAAAGGACAGAUACAGAUGUAUGCAACCAAUGAGCAAGUAGGACAUCCAUAUGUUUCACCUGUGCUGGCACACUUGGGUGGUUUGUGUCCUUUAUUCAUCAUGGCUAGUGACGGAGAGCUGCUGCGGGAUGAGGGUAUUUACAUCGCUCACAAGGCUGCUCGUCCUGACGACUUUGAGUAUAAAGAAGACGCAAAGAGACGUCUACCGAGCAUGAACGGAAUUGAGGGUAGAUUUGGACCUACCAAGGUGCAUUUGCAGGUUUACGACAAAAUGUGUCACGAUCUGCCCCUGUUUAGCAUGGUCACACCUGCUAAAUAUGCUUAUAGGGCUAUGGCGGCAUUCUGCUUCCAGGUGACGAAAGAUACUACAGUUCAACCAUCACCUGCAUUACAAGGCUCAGAUAUUCCAAACACUAUGUCUGAUCUCGAGCUUGAUAGUGCUGCUGAAUCGCCCUCACCACUUAGGAAACUCGACAGCCCAGCUGAAGCACCAUCACCUUCUACGAAACUCGACAGUCCUGCUGACGUACCUUCACCUUCUAGGAAGAUCGACAAUCCAGCUAUAGCACUCUUGCCACCACCACCAUCACCAGGUAAACCAAAGAGAAAGUUCUCCUUACUCGGACUGAAAAACAAUGAAGGUGCAGGUGCUACAUCAAUUGACAUGGAAAAAGCAGCAACAGUGAGCUCACAAACAGGUACGCCAGCAAGUGAUGCAGAGAGACCAAUAAAGUCAGGACCAGGAACAGCUGGGAACAUGGCUGUUUACGAUGAAUCAAUGGCAUUCAAAGAGAGAAAUAUGAUCAGAGAAAGAGUAUCGCUCGUUGGACAAAUCAGACCAAUGGAAUCAUCUGAGAAUAUGGAUAUUCUACGCAUGCCCGCUGAUGAAGUGGGAGUAUUUAAACCAGCCGCAGUUAAAAGAUAUUUAGAAGGAAAAAACAAAUGGAUGCAUAAAUUCAAACAUACCGCCAAGAAUGUCGAAAGGCAGCGCGAGAAAAGCCUGAAAGAAUCGAAUAUACAUGCAGAGAAGAAGAUUAAAGAUAGUGACAAUAUAUUCGACACACCGCAAGUGACAUGGCGGUGGCAGUGGGCGUUGGAGAAUGAGAGACCACCACCUGCAAGUAUUGUAGCAAGAAGAGAUACGCAAGAAGCACGCAAACUGGUACAAAUAGUAGAUAACGCUGAUAGUAAGCAAAAUAGCAGAACAUUAAGUCUAUGGACGCUAGUAAUGCACUUGAUGAGUCCACAAAAGAGCAAAGCUAGCACGAAUGACGACGGGGAUGAUGUCGCGCCUUGGACGAAAGACAUUGAGAAACUCAAAAGAAAAGAUGGCAAGAAAGAUGAGGGACAGACAGUAUCAGAGAGUGAUUCGCCUGAAGAGGAGGAAAUCAAUAUCGAUAAACGGAAAGAGCAGUGGCUGAAAAAUCACGUCAAAGAUGAGUAG